UUCUACAGUCUCAAGAAAACGUACGGGGAUAUUUUUUCGCUUAAAGUUGGAAGCUACAAUUUGAUUAUGGCUUCAAGUUCUGAGGCUGUCAAAGAGAUGCUUGUAAAGAAAUCUGCUGAUUUUUCUGGGAGAUCAGAUUUGUACACCUUCUACAAAAUAACCUUAGGUGUGUAUAUCAUGGAGGACCAUUGCUUAUUUUUACUAAUCUAGCUCCAGUUUACUCCUAUUUUUAUUUGUCUGGUUGUUUUUUGUUUGUUUGUUUGUUUUUUUUUUGCUUUAAGACAUUCAAACAACGCUUCUCUUUCACUGAACACUCCAGGGGAAUACUCGUAGGAAAUCUUGGUGGUCUUGGUGGUUUUCCAAACCCCAACUCUGUUUUAGACCAAGACAUGUCAUUUUUCACUUUUUGCUUCUAACAUUUUUACUCGUUUUCAGACCUAGUUGAAUGUUUUAUUCGUUUUGCCAACCCAUUAUCUCAUCCAAGUAAAGUCAACACAUGCUGUACUGCAUUUCAUUAAUAGUAUCGUUAUUAUUUAGCGGUAUUUGACGCUUAACUUCUUCAUUUUGAGCUAAAAGGACACAAUAUACUAGGCUCAUACACCCUUGUCGUCUUUGAAAUUUUUUCCCGAUUUCAGCUCGACCAUAAUGAGAAAAAUCCGUAUCUGUUUCCCGACGAAAGGGCUACAAAACCAUACCUAUGUGAGGUGAAAACUCGCGUUUUGGCUAAUUGUCUUCACUUCGAAACAAAACUAGGAUAAAACAUACAGCGUACGGAAAUAAAGAUUUAAUUAAAGAAAAUAUUGAUUGAGGUUGUACUGUACUCUUCUCACAGUUAUUUGACUUUGUUUCUUCUCUUUGAACUCUAGGUGGAAAAGACAUCGUUUUUGGUAACCAUGGACCUGCGUGGAGGUUUUAUCGAAAAUUGUUUAUUACGGCUCUUCGCCAGUACGUGUCGGACAGCCCUCUUAUAGAAAGCAGAGUCUCGCCUCAGGCCGAGAAAUUGAUACAUUUUAUGGAACAACAGAAUGGGGCGCCUUUUGAUCCUGCAGAUUGCUUGCAGCGAAUUGUUGCCGAUGUCAUUUGUGGUAUAAUUUUUCAAGACGGCUUGAACACGAAGAACCCAGAUAUGGACAAACUUUUGAGGCUGAAUGUUAAGUUUGCUGAGAGUGCUGAUGCAGUCAAGAUGGCCUUCAUCUUGGACUUUUUUCGGGGCGCUCGUCACUUGCCAGUAAAGGCAAGGCAGGAUCGCAUUGUCCAGCUCUUCUAUGAUAUGUACGAUAUUAUUCGCAAGCUAUUAAGGGAAAGAAAAGAAACAUUUGACCCAAGCGAGCCAGUGGAGGACUUUAUGUCAGCUUUACUUCGAGCCAGAUACGACCUUGAUGCAGAAUGCAAGAGCGACGAAGAACGAUCCGCUGUCCUCUCCGAAGAUUAUUUCAUCGCCGCCAUCGAGGACAUGUUUCUUGCUGGCUUUGAGACCACAAGCACCACUUUGAGAUUUGCCCUUGCCUUCCUGGCUAACCAUCCAAAUUAUCAAGAGAAUAUUCAGCGCCAGCUAGAUGAAGUGCUUGAUGGACGAAGUCCCUCCUUAGAAGAUCGCCUUAAGCUGCCACUCAUUCAGGCGAUGAUCUUGGAAACACUGAGGCUAGGGAAUGUGGUGCCACUUGCGAUACCUCAUGUUGCCCUUACCGAUACAACUCUAGGUGGCUACCGUGUUCCUAAGGAUACGGUCAUUCUUGCCAACACAGAAGCCGUCCAUCUAGAUCCAAAAUGCUGGGAAGAUCCCACCGUUUUUAAUCUAUACCGCCAUACUGAUGCAGACGGCAAGUUGAUCACCAACCAAGGUAAUUUUUAUCCUUUUGGAGCUGGACGUCGGGUUUGUGCUGGUGAAUCUUUGGCUAAAGUUGAAUUGUUCCUGUUUUCAUCGUGGUUGCUGCAGAACUUCACGUUUCUGCCUGUGGAAGGUCAUCCUCCGAAGUCAAAGGCAAGUAUCAUCCAGUUUCCACAACGUUACAAGAUACGUGCGAUCAAACGCAACUGA